AUGUCGGGAUUUGUCCAUCUCAACAAGCGUUCGAAAGACUAUGAGGGGCAGAAACUAAGCGGAGAGACCAGCAGCCGCGAAGAACCCGGCGAAACGGAGGGGCGAGACGCCCUCAAGGCGGACGCUGAGGGCGACGAUCCAAAUGCAUGCAGCAAAACACUCAUGCACGAUGCGGAGCUCCAGGGACACAGCGAGCUGCGAGAGAGGAUUCAGAGUCUCUCAGUUGUAGACCUCUUCUCUUCGUUGGCGUCGCAAACUAGUCGCAAACGAAAAGCGGAGACGGACGGAAGAGGGGGGGAAUCAUGCCGGGAAGGAGACUGUCUUGGGCACGUCGACUGCGCGACAGACAGGACUCUGAAAAGCGUUGGCGAAGAAGUGAAAGAAGAGAGAGUGAAAACGAACAGGACGAGCGAGGCGCCGCGUUUCCCCUCAGCCUCCGCUCCGCCGGUGCCGCAUGCAGUCGAGGGAGACAUCUCCCGUUUCUUCAGUCAGGUAUUCGCAAACGGCAGUUUUCCGGUUUUCCCUCCUUGGGAGGCAGGUGACGAUCGCCUUUUUAAAACCGCGAAAAUCCUCGACGAGAGUUUUGAACACGAGACAGGCGGAGGGGCAGAAGAAGACGCUCAGGAGACGCAGACGUGUUUUGAAACGGCUGCGGCGGGCAGUGAGAGAGAUCAGCCGCCGUGUCGCGACGGCGAUGUCGCGAGGCGCGUGCUCGGGAAAGCGGAGACUCUCACCUCUGCGCCAGCCUCUGAAGAGACGCCGGAGGGACGCGCCGAGACGGCCAGGGGACGGCGCGGGCGCUCGCAUGCAGUACGGCAGGCCUCGUUCUUGUUUGAAGACGAACAGGGUGAUCCCAGACGAGAAGGCGAGAGGAGGACUGCCGGGGGUGGUGCAAUCUACGGCGGGAGAGUCGGAGAAGAAAAAGCGACAACACCGCUGCAGGCCCAGGGAUCUGUGCAUCCACCUCUGUCUGUAGGACGUCAGAGAAGCCGGAUUAUGGUACACGCCUCUUCGUCUUCCUCUUCGUCUUCCUCUUCGUCUGUAGCCGCGUCUUCGGUGUCUUCAGGUGCUGCGCAUACGUCCUCAUCUUCUUGCGCCUCUUGCGCGUUUCCCCCGGAUCCUUCUGAGCUUUCGCCUCUCGAUCUUCUGCGGCUCGGGCGCCCCCAGCGCGAGUUUGCAGCCGCCGAUCAAGUUCUCCGCCUCCAAGCGCUCUCAAGCAAAACCGUGGGCCGUACUGCUGACGAUGGCCCAUCUGCGCAGAGAGCGUUCCUCUGGCGGCGGGCGACUCUGCGCUUGACACCGGAGGUCACGGCGGCACUGUCGCCAGCCGCCCUGCGUCAAACCAUGCAGGCGCUCUCGGCUGGUCGCGCCGCGGGGAUGCUUCCGCCCUCGCCGAUGCUCCUCGUGCAGGUGUUAAACGCAUGCACCGAGAAACUCAUCUACUGGACCCUCGCCGACCAACUUCUCGUUCUCAAUACUGUGUCUGCGCUGCUCCUCCCACCCCUGCCGUCGGACGCCUCGUCGCCGCUGUCUCCGCGUGUCUCCGUUUUGCCCGGGGACUGUCUCUCGCGCGGCGCCUCUCCUACCGGCCCAUCCCCGGCGCGCGACUGGGGCGGCGGGGCUCUUGGGUCUGCGGCCGCCGUGACGCUGGAGAUGCUUCUUCAGCGUUUGCAGGCCGUGCGCGAGAGCUUGAGUGUUAGCGACGUGGCGUCGAUUCUCCACGUCUACUCGCGUGUGGGGCUUCUGUCUCCGAAAGCCUCGGUGGCCUUCCUGGACGCCCUGUACCGGAACCUGCUGGCGAACCAAGCGCGGCAACAGCGCCUUGUUCGUCUGCGCCCAAACGGGGAGCGAGAAGGCGGUUCGUCUAGUGCAGGGAGAGACAAAGUAACAGAGAGCGAGGAGAAACUGCAUCGAGGCCAGGCUGCUCUAGGAUACGCUCAAGGACGUGAAGCGGGUACGCGUGCAGCCGAGAAGCAGUCAGGCUGGGCUAUGGGUGGGCCUGCUGACACGCCUAGGGGCCGAUCGGCGCCGCUUAAAGAUCAAGCUCCAGCUGCAGCCUCCUGGUCCUCCUCGAGUUCGUCUCUGUCUGAGUCCUUUGCUGCGCUCCUUCGCCUCGCCGACAGCGUCGCUUCCCUCCUAGAGCAGCAGACAGAUCGGGGUCUGCCUCCUGCGGACGCGAUGCUCGGUGAACAGCUGUGGAGGCGCCAUUUGCACCGUAUGCAGCAGAGACAACCCACCACGUCGGGGCGUUUGCCUUCGGGCGACCGGCUUCAGGCUCCUCCCCCCGCAGCGUUGCAGGAAGAGAGGAGCGAGGUGCGACGGGCGACAGGCCGAGCGGCCCCAGAAGACGGCCGCGAAAGAGAGAAGACAGACACCGGCGAGAUUAGCGAAGGAGAACCGGGAAGACACGGACGCGCGGAAGGCGACGGAGAGGGAAUGCAACAGGAACAAUUUGUUUCAGCGGAGGUAACACGAGAGAGCGAAAGACAAUCUGAGGAGCUUGCCAAGGCCUUAUCGCCUGUCUCAUGCGACGAAAGAGCUAGCCAGGCAGCUCGCCACAGAGGCGCGGUAUGUCAACCGUUCCGUUCUUCCGCCGACUCUCACUCCGCAUUCGAAGCGCCAGCCAAUGCCGCGCUGUCGCCGCUUUCUCUGCGACUGAUGGCGCGGCUUCUCCAGCACCUCGCCGAGGCAUUUCUGUCCGGGUACAGCUGCGAGAGAGAGCAGCGCGAGGCCCCGUGCAUGCACGCUUCUUCGCAGAAUUCGGAAACAGACGGCUCGGCCGUGAGGGGUUGUGGAACAACGGACUCCAAGGGAGUCCCCGCUUCUCUGCAUGCCUUGCAUGUGACACGCCUUCUGCAUGCGAUGACGCUUCUGGACUUUCACGCGUUCUCCAUGUAUUCCCGAACUCAGGUUCUUCGCUCCCGGCGUCUCUUUGAACAACUAUUUGCCAUGUUGCGAGUUGACGACCUUUUGUGUCUCGAGGGCAUUGACGGUGGCAUGGGUGCCUCCGCUGCUGUCGCGAUAGUCUCUUCUUUGGCAGUUCAGAAACGGCUCUUUGAGCGGUCUGAGCGCGUAGGCUUAUCUUCGGAGAAGGGCGAAGCCAGGCAAGGCGCGGGAGCUGGGCGAGUCGCAGCAGCACCGACUCUGUCCGCUGAAGCCGAAGAUCGUGAGAAGGCAGGAAAGCAAGGAGACGCCCGAGGAGUUGCGAAGGGCUCGCCGACGAGAACGGUGACAGGCGACACGGCCGCGACGGAGAAGAGGCAGGCUGCAGAGCGCUCGCAGUGCGCGAAGAGCGAGGAAGAGAGUCGAAGGACGGGCGUUGGAAAGGGCGGCUUUUUCUUCGACGCUUUGAAGGACGACGUCCUCCCGCGCCUCGUGACCGUUGCCGUCCGGCAUGCCCAUACCCUCAGCGUUCAUCAGCAUGCAGUCGUAAGGAGUGCAGCGAACACCGGGAGAGACCUCGCUUUCGACGAGCAAGUCUGGACCUGGGCGAUGAGCCAGAGCACGACCGCGAAGCGUUGUCUUGCGAGUUUCGCGAUCCACGGCGCGGCCUCUUUGCGGUGUCUGUUGGUCCUGCAGCUCCUCGAAGCACUCAGUUUGCACCUGGGCUUCCGGCACGACUUCCUUCUCGACGCGCUUCGCUGUUCUGCCUUGGCAGCGGCCAGGGGGGCCCUCGGCGUCUCGUCCGUGCCGCCUCUCCGGCGCACUGGAGACGACCGCGCUCACCUUUCCUCGCUCUUCGCUCCGGCCUGGUCGACGGUGCGUGUCUUCUGCACGCUCCUCAGACAACACCCGCUCACUGCCUUCCCUGUCAUUUUAGAGGGCCAUGGAGUCUUCACCGCUGCUACCGAUGUGUUGGCGGCCUUUUGUUCCUCCCUGUCGCCUUCCUCGGGGCCUGCGCGCGGGAGGACGAUUCCUGCUUUGUUUGGUCUCUUGUCGCCAGACGAAAAGACUGAGGAGGCCCAGCUGCGGUUGCUGUCCCUUCUUCUUGUGAGUCUUCUUCCUCAUCUCCGCAAAGAGCCCCAAGUCGCGGCUCUGCCCUCGGGCGGUGCAUGCGCCAAUGCUCUCGCCUCUCCCGUCUCGCGCGCUCUCUGUGUGGAGCAAGGCGUACAGCAGCGUGGCACUGGGACUGGAUUCCAGGAGCGACAGAGAGAACCGCGCGAUUGCCGGCGAGAGAAGAACGGCUUUCGAGACAGUUCGGAGAGACGCACAUGCACGGGAGAAGGCGAAACAGCGGCAGAGGACAGGCGACUCACGGCAGGCCCCGUGGUCUCGCGUCCAGGCCUGUCUGGCGCGUCUCCACCUCCCGGCCGGAUGUCCUCGCCGCGACUCCGGCCGCUCUGGGUGUACCUUCACCCGAAUUUGACCGACUUCGACAAACCUCCCCUCUGUUUCCUCGAGGGUCCGGUGCGACAGCAGAGAACUUCGUUGCCGGAACUCCUAAACAAAAUGGCGGUCGAGGCUGAGCGUCUUCUCAAGACGGUCACAGCGGCCACACGACGGAAGGCAUAG